AUGGACUUGAACGACCCAACAAUGCAAUUAGAGGAGGAGCUGGACUCCGAAAUAUCUUCAAUCCGCCGCGAAAUUCGCAAGCUCCAAAGACGCCGCCGGUUCCUUUCCUCGAGCAUCCUCUCCUCGGAACCGCUCCAGAAAUUCAUCAAAGCCAGAAAUGCCCCCGCACAUGCCAUAUCCAGCUUGAACGAAGACAUAUCCCCGCUUGUCCGCGCCGCAGGCUCACAUACCCAAUCAAACCACCACCGCAUCGCUUUCUCAACAACCACCUUUCCGUUCAAAGACCCAUCGCCGACAACAGACAGCGACGACAAGGAUCCAAGGAAUCUACUCGGCGUGCGCAUUGACGUCUGUGUUCGGAACGGCCGCUUCACGAAACCGUACUAUCUCCUUCUGCGCAAGACGCGCCCAGAGGCAGAUGAGGAGGGCCAGGACACAAUACGGCUUAAAAUUCACCGGCAUACAAUACCCGCAUUUAUACCAGUUGAGCGGUUAGAACGUAUAUUUCUACCUACCCCGCCCCGAGUUCUUGGUGAUGCCGACGGCAACGGCAGCGUCGAGCCGCAAAUGAAGAAAAAGCCGAACCCCCCUGCCCCGAAACAGAAUUUGCCGGGACUCACCCGCGAAAUCAGGCGCCAGAUUGUCUCUUGGCAUACCCGCUUGGAUGCGGUUCAUUACCUUCGUGAGCAGAUAGGGGUUGUGCGGCGGGAUGGGCACGCUUAUUCCGAUGAUGGGGAUGACGGGCCGUGGGACCGGGACUUGCUUAUUGAUGUUGGGUUUGAUUCCGGUGUUGGGGAUACGCGACUGAAGAAGAAUGAGUUUGGCAUUACGUCGUUCUCGCCGACAGCACUGGAAGCGGCGUACAUUCGGAUAGAAUGGGAGGAUGGCCAGGUUGGGAGAUUCAAGAUUUCAAAUUCGGGACUGGUCGAGCGAGCGGUAGUUAUCGGGGACGAUGGAAGAGACAAGGCGCUGGAGGCUACGCUUGCUGGCGGAGAUAGGAAGUUGCUCACAGUUCUAGACCGGUUGAGGAAGAACAUGCCGCUUAGAAGAAGUAGUGAUACGGCGUCGAAUUUAGAGUAG